CCUCGGGACAAUUUAACCGUGUACCUAUCUGACUCGUCGCUCUGCAGUGCUGUACAUAUAAUGCUAAGAAAACAUGAAAUAGCUCAGACAAUGUACAUAUAAUUAUAGUUCUACACAGCGGCAGCCACGCAAAAUACAUAUUUUCUCUUUUUUUAAUCUGAAUGAUCUAACUUGGUUUACUGUAGACCUAGUGGGUGGGUGGAGUGAGUACAGUAUCUGCUGUAUAACAAGAAGAUGGCGAGCGGGGUUGGAAGAUCCUGGGACAUCCUGACCUGUAAAAUAGGAUGUGAUUACCAGAAAUUGUAUUUUUUGAAUAUUACAUGUCCUGUACUGUCUCUGUCCAUACCCGUACUUCCCCUCCACUCCUUAUCUGCAGAACACAAGUUGCUCUCCAUGGGGGCAAAGGAGCCGUGGUCGGUGAGGGAGAAGCUGUGCUUGGCUACCUCUGUCAUGAAGAGUGGGGACCAGAACUGGGUGUCUGUCAGUCGAGCCAUCAAACCAUUUGCAGAGUCGGGACGACCCCCUGAUUGGUUCUCACAAAAGCACUGUGCCUCCCAGUACUCAGAGCUCCUGGAGACAACAGAGACUCCAAAACGGAAACGUGGUGAGAAAGGUGAGGUGGUGGAGACGGUGGAGGAUGUGAUCGUCCGCAGGCUCACGGCAGAGAGGAUUGAUGAACUGAAGAGACUGAUCAAAGACACACAGGAGAAGCACAGGAAGCUGAAGACCGAGGCAGAGCUGAUCCAAGCCGGGCACCUGGACUCCAAGCUAGAGGAUCUAUGGGGAGAGAUUGUGCAGAAGAAGAAACAGGAACAGGACGAGGCAGACGUGAAAAGGAAGGUCACAGACACAGCCUAUCUAGCCAGACAGGCGGUGAAGAACACCCCUAAAAGAGUGCCCAGUGUGACCGUGCGCUCUCCCCUGGGGUGCGGCUCGCCAAGCCUCGAGUUCUGCCAAGGGGACACACCCCAGAGCACACCCGAGGACCCCAGCACCUCAGUGACUGCACCAGGAGUAGUAGGGUUCAUGCCCCUGACUGAGGCCUGUGGGCUGGGUGGUGCAGAGUCAGGCCUGGGCACUCUUCUGGAUGAAUCCCCACAAAAGAAGCUCUUGGGCCAGAAAGCCACGCCGCCACCAUCCCCUCUCCUCUCUGAGCUACUGAAGAAAGGCAGUCUCCUACCCACAAGCCCCAGACUGGUUGGAGAUGGUGACCUGCCUGGUAAUAUGACAAUAGCACAUGAUCUACAGCUCACAGGCUCUGUUCUUCCUGGCAGUCUAGCAACAGGUGCCCCUACACUUUCUCGUCUGCUGGAGGCUGGGCCUCAGUUCUCAACUCCGCUGGACUCCUUGGCCAGCAGCACAGACUCCUCCAGUGUCCUUCUCACUGCUGCACCCCCCACUAUGGACUCCCCCGCCUCACUACACACAGGAGGGAAUGAGGUGGGGGCCUCCCUGCCUGGCCCAGGGGAUGGGACAGAAGAAGACCUAGUGACAGUGUCCUACAUGGCAGAAGAAUUGGACCUGGAGACAGUGGGGGACAUCAUUGCCAUCAUCGAGGACAAGGGUGAUGAGAAUACUGAGGCUUUGGAUGCGGCUGCAGUGGAGGCUGCUCUGUCCCUGUGUGAGGAGACAGGCCAUGCCCUGUCUGGCCAUUGGGAGCCAGGGCCCUUCAAGUCCCCUGAGUGUGACCGUUCUGGGGCCUCACACCUCUCCUCCCUCGCUGGCAGUCUGGAGAUGAAGAGGGAGGUCAUGCAGUUACGGGGUGGGACCUCUGCAUGUGACAGCCAGGACAACUGUCCAUCAGGGUACCCACACCCCCUGGGCAUCAGCGGCCUUCCUCCCUCCUCCUCCUCUUCCUCCUCCUGCUCGUCUAUGAUGCUGGAGCACAGCCAGGCUAUUGGGGCUCGUCUGCAGCCUGGGGCCAUGGGCGGGGCCGAUGGGGAGGGAAGCCCAGUCUCUCCCCACGCCACCAUCAGGUGUGAGAGUGAAGAGUGGACGCAGCAAGGAGCUGACAACCCAUAUGCAGACUCCGAGGAUGGCCCCAUGACAAGAAGACAUUCCAAGGACGUGAAGGAGGAAGAGGGGGUGAGCGACGGAGAGGAGGGGAGUGCCUCAGAGACUAAAGAGGGCCUGGAUGGGGAUGGGGGGGAUGAGGAGGGGGACGGAGCAGAGGCCUACCUGUCGGAGGCAGAGGGGGAGACCGAGCUGGAACCCCCAGCCAGUGAGAGUGAGGACGGUUACAGUCUGCACACAGCCUCCUCCUCUCUGCAGCUCCACACCACUGCAGACUCUAUCCCCAGCAGCCCUGCCUCCUCCCAGUUUUCAAUGUGCAGUGAGGACCAGGAGGCCAGACAGGCUCAGAAGAUCUGGAAAAAAGCCAUCAUGCUGGUAUGGCGUGCAGCUGCCAAUCAUAGGUAUGCUAAUGUAUUCCUGCAGCCUGUGACUGAUGACAUUGCCCCGGGGUACCACAGUAUUGUUCACAGGCCCAUGGACCUGUCCACCAUUAAGAAGAGCAUUGAGACCGGUCUGAUCCGCACCACGGCAGAGUUCCAGCGGGACAUCAUGCUGAUGUUCCAGAACGCGGUGAUGUACAACAGCUGUGACCACGACGUGUUCCACAUGGCCCUGGAGAUGCAGAGGGACGUCCUGGAGCAGAUCCAGCAGUUCCUGGCCACACAGCUCAUCAUGCAGACAUCCGAGUCUGGCGUCAGCGCCAAGAGCCUGAGGGGCCGGGAGAGCACCCGCAAGCAGGACCCCUCGGACAAGGACAGUGUCCCCAUGGCCUCUCCUGCCUUCCUUCUCUCUCUCUUUGAUGGGGGCACCAGGGGGCGCCGUUGUGCCAUAGAAGCCGACCUGAAGAUGAAGAAAUAAGCCGCAGGGAAGCAGCUGAAGACUGGAAUACGUCUGAUUGGUGUCCUCCGUGGUCAUGUCCCACUUGAUUACGCUAACGAAGGACACCACAGUCGGGGUCAAUGUCGUUCCAUGUCCUGUCACUUCAAUUGGACAUGGCGUGUCUCGCUGAGAGCCAAUCCUGAAUUGCAGUUUGGAGAACGCAACGAGAGCUGGGCGAUAGACAAAAAUCCAUAUCAUGAUGAAUAGAAUACGUUUAUAACAUUAAUGUGCAGCAGUUCUUUAUUACCUUAACUACUAGUACUUUGAAUGUUGUAGCUAUCAAUUGUUAAAUUUAACUAUCACCCAUAUUAGCAGACUCAUUUAAUUUCAAACUUCACAUUUCUCCAGUAUAGUCGUCUUUUCGUAAUGAAAGACAUCAGCAAAAAGUCCACGAUAAGUGGUCGGUUCAGUCUGUGUGGAACAUUUCCGGUUUAUCUUCCCAGCUCUAAACUCAAACCCAGCACUGAGAAUCACUUAUUCCCCAACUUCUGAAUGUGUCAACAGAAAACAUAUAGACCUUGCAUUGUGUAUGUCAAUUGUUUUGAAGUCCUCUGUAUAGUAUUGUACAGGCAUGUCCCUCGUGUACAUAUGGUGACCCAAUAAAUAUUUGUCGCAAGAUUGUGGUUCUCCAA